CUUUGAAAGUCAUUUUGAUCAAAGGGUCCCUCUAUUUUCUAAAUCCAAUGCCAAAACUGAACUUUUGAUCUAGGGAUUCAUCUGUGGGUUUGCUGUGAUCAUACAUCUAAAGUUAGGAUUGGGUUUGAUGGGUUAUGUUUUUCUCCUUAUCUGUAUUCUGCAUUCUGCGGUGGGCUUGCUUGACUGGUGGAGCUCUCAUGAUGUUCUAUACUAAUGAGGUCUUUAUUUUUAACCAUGGCCGCGAAAAUGCGAGUAAGCUUAUGGGAUCAACACCCCAUGAUCAGCUGUUAAUCCAUACCUCUGAUUUGUUUUCCGGGCUGCUCUUGUUUGCUAUUGGGUUUCUAUUGUUCAUGGUGUCAUUUGUAAAGGACAGAGAUUUUCAAUGCUUCUUUGUUAAGGGUUGUGUGCUUCUUCAUGUUGCCGUGGCAAUUUGGAGGAUUCACUUUGAGAGAAAGGUUGAAGAUCUUGGCCGUGAUUGGCUGAGGCUGGUUGUUGGGGACAUUGCCUUGGGACUUUCAUGGGUGGUCUUUCUUGUGUACUCUUGGAGGGAGAAAAAGAGACUCUGCGGCGCUGGAACGCGAGACGUGAUACAGGAGGCCUUGAGUCUUGACCGUUACAACCCAUCACAAAAACCACAAGCUCAAAAUCUCUUCUGGAUAUCUCUUAGAACCCUAAAAUCAAGAUCAAGAAAAACGAAAGAAGAUUUUUACUCUGGCUCUGUGAAUCUCUGUAGUUUUACUAUUUCUCUUGAUAUUCUUGAGCUUGUGGGUAUCGUUGUGCUAGCUUUAUUGAUGUUUUGGGGUUUAAGUAUUUCUGGGGUGGAUAUGUAUGAAAUUCAUGACAGUAUUAACUUUUACUCCCGCGCUAGAAAGAGACUCUGCGGCGCUGGAACGCGAGACGUGAUACAGGAGGCCUUGAGUCUUGACCGUUACAACCCAUCACAAAAACCACAAGCUCAAAAUCUCUUCUGGAUAUCUCUUAGAACCCUAAAAUCAAGAUCAAGAAAAACGAAAGUGCCAGUUGCGUCAUCUGAUAUUGAAUAUUCUCUAGGGACUCAGGGCAAUGGAUGCUGUGCCAGUGCAAAACAUGUCCUCUACUAUAGCUUUGCGGCAGCCGCACAAAGACCAAGGUUCAACUGUUAUGACAUCUGCAUCCGAUUCAAAGCCAAAGAAGAAGAUAUGCUGUGCUUGCCCGGACACCAAAAAGCUGAGAGACGAAUGUGUCGUGCAGCAUGGUGA